AUGCACCCAGUACAAAGACAUGCUAGCCCUGGCGAUAUCACACAACUCCCCUUCUCAAGAGGCCAUCCGAUCUUCUACUUCCACGGCCUGCCAGGCUCAAGGCUCGAAGGCGCCCUCUGGCACCAACCGGCAGCAGACCUCGGAGCCAAGAUCAUCGCAAUCGACCGCCCCGGCAUCGGCUACAGCAGCCCGCAGUCAGCGCGAACACUGCUCUCCUUCGCACAAGACAUUAGAGACCUGGCGAAGCAACUGGACGUCUCGAGAUACAUUAUCAUCGGCACAAGCGCCGGCGGUCCACACGCGCUCGCUUGCGCACAUGCCCACGAGCCAACAGCCCUGGCCGCGGUGGCACUAGUGGCAGGCCUGGGCCCGUACGAAAUGGUGUCCUCGCACGCGAAGCUGGCAAAUAGGAUCGUGUUCUGGCUGUUCAAGCACCCGUGGCUGGCGAAGCCGCUCGGCAGGAUCUCAGCAGCGCAGUUUCUGCGGAACCCCAAACUCUCUGACGACGAGUUGCUGGAUGCCAUUGAGAAGAAGCUCGACAGCAGCCGCUUCCGCCUGGGCCGCAAGCUGCCCGAGCAGGACAAACAGGUGGUGAGAGACCGUGAGAUCAUGCGUCUGGUGUUGGCGAGCGCGCGUCAGCAUUUCCGACAGGGCAUGGACGGCUGGGCUCCGGACGGUAAGCUGCUUACGGAGGAGCUUGGGUUCCGCCUGGACGAGCUUCGGGUGCCGAUGCGGCUGUGGUACGGACGGCACGAUGUGAAUGUCCCGCUGUCGAUGGGCGAGGAGCUGGCGAGGCGUAUUGGGGAGAGGGCGCAACUCAGGGUCGAAGACCAGGGCCAUGUGAGCAUCCUCAUGAACUGCAGGGAGAAGGUGCUGAGGGACCUCCUAAGCCUAGCUUAG